GUCUAUACUCUCGGACUUUCGCCAUUUUCUGGGGGAAGGUGGAGUGAAAAGGUUGAAUUUAACCGCGCCUGGAGUGCCCGGGGAGUGCAGGUCAACCCUAAACCACCACAAUGACCAUCCUGCCCAAGAAGAAGCCCCAGCAGGCCUCAGGGGUCGCGGAGGGCGAGGCUGGGGAGUCAAAUACCCCCAGCAACCACCAGCACCAGAUGACAAUGGGCGCCCUGCCUAUGCCUACCCACCUGCAGGCAGGGGAAGGCACCAGCCGUGGCACUCUCUACCUGUCUUCCCAGUCCCCUCCGCCCUGCUGGCCACCCCCACCGCCCUCCGCCACGCCCAGGGAGGAGAAGCGGCCCUCACACACCUCCCCCUCCCACUUUGAGGACACCCAUGAGAGCGGCCCCUCCCACAGCAAGCGUCGGUACCGUGCCAGCCCUCUCAGGAGUGUGAGGCCCAAGCACAGGGACCACAGGGGCAGCACCUCCCCGCCCUACCCCAGCACCAGCAGCGGGUGGAGUGUGGCCCCCGUCACCCACCCCAUCUCCCACUCACACACACACACUCACCCACAUCCUCACUCGCACAUCAACGGCUCCAUCCCUCCUGCCCUCCCACCUGCACUCUCCCCCCAGGCUGGACCCUCCCAGGACCCCGAGGAGAACGAUCACAGCGGCUACAACAGUGGGGACGAGUAUGAGCCCUUUGGAUGGAACCUGACAGCAGAACAGUGGGAAGAGAAGGAGCGAAGGUUUGAGAAAAAGAUGAAGAAGAAAGGGCUGAUGAUCAAGAAGAUGAGAGAGGAUGGUGCCUGUCUGUUCCGGGCCAUUGCUGACCAGGUGUACGGCGACCAGGACAUGCACAGCAGCGUCCGCAAGCACUGCAUGGACUACAUAGCUCGUAAUGAAGAUGCAUUCGCCCCGUUUGUCUCCGAGGAUUUCCAGACGUACGUGCAAAGAAAACGGAGAGAUGACUGCUUUGGCAACCACAUAGAGCUGGCGGCAAUGUCGGAAAUGUAUAACCGCAUUAUUGAGGUCUAUUGCUACAGUGUGGAGCCAAUCAACAGUUUCCAGGGCAGCCUGCAAACAGACAACGAACCAAUCCGCCUCAGUUACCACAUGGGCACACACUACAACAGCCUGGUGGACCCCUACAAGGCCACUGUUGGGGUUGGUCUGGGUCUGCCUGGCUUCCAGCCGGGAUUGGCCGACAAAAACCUGAUGAAGGAAGCGACCAGGCAGAGUGAAAAUGUGCAUCUUGAGCAGGCCAUGCUGGAGGACAAGAUUCGUGCCACAGACUAUGAGGCCACCAGUGAGGCCAUCGAGGAACAGGUGGCCCACGAGAGUUACCUGCAGUGGCUGAGGGAGAACGACCAGCGCUCCAAGGGACAGCGGUCCCCCUCCUCCACCUCCAGCACCGAGGCCAGCGACCGGUGUCCCCGCGGCCGCUCCUCCCCCCUUCACCAGACACCCCCUGCUGAGGGCUCCUCUGAUACCUCCCGCAGCUCCCCCCGCUCCUCCCAGUGUUCUGGAGAGCUGCCCAGACUACCUCCCCGCGGUGCCACACCCACCUCCCCCCGGGGCUCCUCCAGCUCCAAAGACACCGCCACUUCCGGGCCCGAGCACUACCCUGCUGUGCCAGGCUCAUCCAAGGACCCCAUGCCCUCAUCCUCAGGCCACUCUGUCUCCAUAGGGGACUUCACGGUGAACGAACGCGCCUCCUUCCUCAACCACCUUCCACCGCACAUAUUUGGACUGAGUGACUACUCGAGUGCCGAGGCGGACAUUCUGGCCCAGGUGCUCGCCGCCAGCCAGCAGGAGUACCUGGAGACCCUCAAGUCCCGCACCAAGGAUGACAUGCCGGAGAAUGCCCCAUCCUCCUCCUCCUCAUCCUCCUCCUCUUCUGCUGCUUCCUCCUCCUCUUCCUCCUCCUCUUCCUCUUCCUCCUCCUCCUCCUCUUCCUCCUCUUCCUCCUCCUCCUCCUCCUCCUCCUCCUCCUCCCCUUCAUCCUCUCCCAUUGCCUCGUCCUCCACAUCCUCCUAACACUUCCUCCCGCUCGUCUCCCGGCACUCACUGCUGUUCCCAGUGUGCAUCUGUAGUCAUUAAUCUCAGUUAUCUGGUAACUGCAUCAGGUGCACCAGUUUGCCACAUAAUUACCUAACGUUUUAUGUGUGUGUCUGUGUGUGUGUGUGUGUGUGUGUCUGUGUGUGUGUGUGUGUGUGUGUGUGUGUGUGUGUGUGUGUGUGUGUGUGUGUGUGUGUGUGUGUGUGUGUGCAUAUAUGUGCGUGUGUGUGUGUACUUCAUGGGGAUAGUUGCUGAAUGUUACAUGUAUUUUUUUCUUUCAUUGCAUCUCAGGAUAGAAAUGUUCCUCUGCAAUGUUAUGCAAAAUCAAAAUGUACUUCUACCCUUCCCUGCAGAGUUAUUCAAACCACAUUUGUGCUUGUGAUUGUUUGACUUUUCUCUCUCAAGUUCAGUUUAAUAGGAUUCCAGUCUGGUGUUACUUACAGGACGGGGGGAGAGGAGCAGGAGCUGGCAGCACACACAGAACUUGGGGUUGUGCCAAUGUAGGAGUUACUUGCAUUUAAAAUUGACAAUACUCACAGCUGUAUGGCUGGAGGGGCCUCUCAUGUUGCCAAUCCCUUGGGGGAGUUAGUGUAGGGAGUGAGGCGUCACAGAGACAUUAGUUAGCUGAGGGAUGCUCACGGCCGCACAGAGGCGGUGCCAAAGGAUGCGAUGAGCUUGACACUUGCAGAAAUAGAUGUGGUUUGAAUAUUCAGAAAUUUUAGAAAUAACAAAGUGUAGCCAUACAUUGCAUUUCUAACAUAUGUUUGACAAUAUUUUCCUUCAGCAGUUAUUCCAAUGAAGUGCAACUUUGUAUUAUGCAUAAAUAUGCACAUUUUGACUAGGCAUUUACAUCACUUUUAUUGCUAUGUUGUUAUUUUGCAGGUUCCCGUGCACAAGUUGCUCGAUGAACCGUUUGUUUUGCUUCCGAGUAGUCGGCUUCACUUUAGUUUGUGUGAACACGUUCCAAUAAUCUUCGCACCGUCACCCUCAUGAUCAUCACCAAGCUGCUCAUCAUCAUAAGCUCAGGCAGGCCCUUUGGUCUUAACCAAUCAGAAGACUGCUUGCAUAAAUAAUUAUUUUAGUGACACUGAACCUGUGAUAGUUCGGCAGGCCUGGCCAGUGCCCAAAUUACAAAAAUGACGUGCUAACUCAUUGGCAACAUUUUAAAAAAUGCACAUGGAAACUUUGUGAUUGUUAAAACUGGUGCUGCUAGAAAGUAAACUGAGACUAAAGAUCCAUUUGUAGAAAACAUUACUAAGCAUGGAAGGAUUCAGCAAGCUAAUCAUCAUUUGCUGAAUUAGAAGCUUUUUCUCUUCAAGGGUUUUCCCAUGGUGUUGUAAACCAGAAGAGCUGGAAGAUGUGCACUGUGUUCAGUAUUUAUGAAAUAUUUACCCAAGUCUAAAAAUCAUCAGGACAGACUUCCACCACCUGUUCUAAACCUGCCAGGCACAUCCCUGUCAGUGCAGCACUUGUUGCCUACAAGAACACUCUACCUCUUGAAAGCUACUGGCCUCAUAAAAUGUAAAAAAAUAAUUUGCCAGGCACGUCAUUUUUGGCCAUACUGACAAAUUUGUGCAUGAUUUAUCUUGUUUAGCUCAACUUUGUAUAUACCAGGACUUUGUCCAGCUCUUAAAAUUCAACAAUAUUGGAGAUGAAAGUAAAACCAGUUGGACGGCAGCAGUGCCACCUCCAUUGAGCUAAGCAGAACCAUUGCCAGGUUUGUGAGUGCCAUCAUUCCUUCUGACACAGUGUGGAGGGCUUUCCUGCCUUAACACUACAUUGCAAGGUGUUUGUAAAGCCAAUGUUUUGCACAAUAUCUUGUAAUUGUGGAGAAGUCAUGGGUAUAUAUCCAUCAUAGUUCAUGUACAAGCAUCAUAUCAAGAAUUCUACAGUAAUUUGGCAAGUUAAUCCACACCACUAAAGCCAAAGCCUCCAGCAUAGAAAGUCAUCAAGAUCUUAAAUGUUAACAGUAUUCCCUGUUCCAUCUAUUGGAAUAAUGGUCUGUCAGUUACAGAGUCCAUAGUUGGCUGUGAGUGGUGCCUGGGCCCGUCUGGCUGCCGGACGCUGCCACCAUCACACCAACUGGGUUGUGGGCAACAGUUUCACGUGUAAUAGUGUUGCUGUGUUUUGACUCCAAAGUUUGGUGAAAAGUUACUUUCCAAAUACUUGAUAGUGUGUGCCAUUACUAUGGAUUCAUUCAAAAUUACAUAGUUUAUAAUAGCCUGAGGUGGGAUAUUAAUGUAACUUUAGGCCUGCUGCAUUAGGUUAUAAGAAAUGCAACAAAGUGAUAAAAGGAUUAAGUUUUUGGCAAUAACAUAAAUUUGUUUUUUGUCUAAUAUUCAUUAAGCAAUAUAUUUUGGUUUCAAGGUUGUCUUGAAAGAAAACCAAAAUCUUGUCAGUCUGAUUUAUUUUGGUUUUACUGCAGGGAUGAUAAAAUGGUAGACAAUGAUGAAUAUUUGUGAAGAUAUUGGCAGAAAUAAUUCUAAACACACAAGUUACAUGAACAACAAUUUUGUUAUGAUUCCAUUUAUACACACGUACACAUGCCUUGAAAAUGCUCUUCACCCUCAAGAAAGGUUAUGCACUGCACAUCAAUAAUUCAUUAUCUAAUUCUAACAAAUCAGACACAUCAAGAGGGGUGAGGAGGUUUUUCUUGACUGGCUACAACACACAGGCUGGGGAUAAACUGUGCAGUCACCCAGCUGAAACAUCUUGUAUAAUUGCUGCUUUUGCUCUCUUUAACAUGUCAAUAGGAAGAGAGGCAAGAAUAGGAUGGGAAUGAGUGGCAAUUGACUGUAAUUCAUCACACAAAGUCUGGCUUUGUAAUCUCCCCACCUGAGGACACCCAAAUAUGGGGAAUGUAUCACUGGUUCUCACCCACUGAGGGCCUGAAGUAUUCACAUUCUUUUUUCAAAAUUAAUUUGUACUUUCACCACUAUCACAUACUUGUGAGAGACAAUUUGUGUGAGAAUAAUCUGAUACUUGUAAGCAAAUCUUUAUGGUCUGUUCAGUGGAAGCAGAAAUGAGCAAGUUGCAGGAGCUGGUGUGAGUUGUGAGCAAUGAUUGCUGCAGCCACAUAUUCACAACCUAGUGAUUUUUUUUUUUUAUUUUAACAUUUGUCCCAAUUAGAGCAUUUCAGUGUAUUUUAUAAAUAAAAGUUAAUAACCAUUGUGCACAGGUGCAGAGAUGUUGGUGGUGGUGCAUCCUUCUCAAUUCUUAUUUCUAGAGAUUGGAUAAUUUUGUGAUUACUAAUGCAUUUAGGUAUUUAUGAAAUAUAAAGUGCUCAAGUUGUGACAUGUAAAACAAUAAAUACAAAAUCAAUGAGUUGUUAAUGUACAGGAUGUUCUGUGAAGAGAGUCACAUUAAAAAGCAUUUGACCAUAGAAUAUUUACAACUUAAAAGAAAUUUAUCUUUAAUUUCUGUAUGUGACUUUCCUCCUAGGACAGCCUGUGGCACCAGCCAAUCAGUGCCUGGCUCUCAAUCUCACCCAAGUUCACAUCCCCUGCUUGGCUCAGUUGCAGUAAACAGACAACAAAGUUAAUUUCCUGUGGACUAGAACAUGCCAGACAAUCAGUGAGAGCACUGCCAUUAUGAAUAUUUUUAUGCAUGUUUUGCUGUGAUAAGUCCUGCCCUCUGCAGUGAAGAUGUUCUGCCUUCUUCCACUUGACUCUGAAUUUUUACCACUAGGAAUAUAAUGAAUGUUUAAUAUGUGAUCAUGAUUAUUUAAUGCAAAAGAAUUACUGAAAAAACCAAGCAUUUACAUUUAUUAUGAAUGUAAUUGACAGUACUACAUCUACCAUAAUUAAGAUUAAAAAGUUACUUGAUUAGUCUUCACAUAGGAACAGCUUUACAAAUAUCACAAUUUCUUUAUAUAUCUGAAUAAUUGGUAGACCUGGCACUGUCAAGUUACUUUCAUUAUAUACCUGACAUUUAUAGUCAUACUUUAAAAUGCAUUUUUAAGUAAUCAUAAUUGCAUAUAGUAAUAGCUUAUUCAUAUAUCCCAAAUGUCAAACUCAACCAAGUGGGUGGGGCAGCCUUCUUGCUGCACAGCAGGGCUUCUUGUGCAGAGUAAGCUGGUUUAGCCAUGGUGACACCAUCUGUGUUCUCAGGGGGACAAAAUUCUAUAGUCAGACUUGGAAUGAUGGAGUGCAAGUACAGACAUGGAGAUUGAGAGAUAGUGAAGCUAUUUGUUGGACAACAGUGUGAGGCAGACUGAACUUCUGUGAUGGCCUCUACUUUCACUUCCUCAUUGAUCAAAACCUCAAGAGUUCUGUAAAGGUGUCAUUAUCAGAUUCCAGAUGAAGCAACAAGGAAGAAAAAUGAAAGUCUAAUAAGAGAGGAAAAGUGCAUAUUCAGUGGAAUUCUCUAAUUGGAACCUGAAUGUCCAUGGACCACAAAUUAAUUCUAGCAAUCAGAUUUAUUGUGUUAAAACCCAAAAUUAUUCAAUUCCAUCAUAUUACACAAGUAUUGCAAGACAGAUGGUUUCUUAUUUGCAAGGUUCUUUUUUAUCCAUUUCUUGCAAGGCAUGUACAAACUUUGUCCACUGAAACUUGUGCAUUUAGCACCCUUCAGUAGGCAAGUGUGGUAAGCAGCUGAUGACAUGGAUUAAAGAACCUUACAAGAGGUGAAGGAUCUGAACCAUCAUAAAUGUGAAAUAUUAACAAGAAUUAUAUGUAACUAAGGAAGUGAAUCAUGUCAGAUAAGAGGCACAGAGUAAGGCAGUCUGCCUCUCCCUGCCAGCCACUGGGUGGCUGUACUCUGGAUUCCCAAAGAUUUGAAAGCUGUAUGCAGUGUCAUUCACUCUGCUACAGUAAUUUAAACUCCAAUGGAUGCAUGGACAUUGUCACCAGACAGCUUAUUGAUCAUAAUACUCCCAUCUUGUUUUGAAACCAGAUUAUCCAGAUAAAAUUCUUUAAAUCAAUUUAACAUAAUCACAUUUUGAAACAAGAGAGAAUACAUGGGCCCAUUUGCAGGUAACAAUUGUUCAUGUGUCUUUGGAUGGCAAGAUCACUGUGCCAGGGUCAUGAUGCCAAUAGUGGCUCUAAAAUCACUUUAUCCCCAGUGACAAUGUAAAGGUAGAGCUCCGCCCCCCAUUCUCUCUCUCUCUCUCUCUCUCUCUCUCUCUCUCUCUCUCUCUCUCUCUCUCUCUCUCUCUCUGAUGCAAAGGUUUAAAAGAACUAUCAAGGUGAUCAGGAACAAAGAAAGACAAGGGAAUUAGCUAGAUGUGUAGUACUAAAUCUAAGGGACAGGCAAGCGUGAGGCAUUGUAGAGUAAGGGGGUUGGUUCAUCAAAUGGUGCUAUGUUGAGGAAAUGACUCGUUACACCACAGUAGUGCUUCCAAGGUCAGCACACCAAACUGACCUGCUUCUGGAAUACAGUCAUCAAUUGUGUAUACCUUUUAAAAGCCUCCUCCUUUCCUAAAACCCAAGCAAAUUUGUAUCUGCAUCUUAAUCCUCAACCUGUAGAUGCUAGAAGUGGAUUGAGUCUUGCUCUCUUUUUUUGCAAUAACUAUGGUUUUGUGAUUUUUUAAGGACUUAUUUUCCAAGUGUAGGUGAUAUUGAGUGAUGGCCUUGGGUGUACAUAUUAAUUAGAACUGUUGUGAUAACUUUGCUUCACUAGCUAGUGGUUAGCUCAGGCUGGAAGAACACUACACACAUCAACUUACACAAAAACCCUCUUGAGCCACACGUUGGAUUCUUACUGUAGGAAAUGCUGGCUGUUGUGCUACCCAUUGUAACUUAUCUGUGACUCCUCUCUGAGCUGUAGGAACAAUGCAUCACAGUUCAUCAUAGCAAAAAUGUCUGGCAUUAUUGCAAAUAUUUAGGAAAGACUGUGGUUCAUGAAAAUCUCUCUUAACUUUCUAUCAGCAAACUGUGUUCAUACUUGUGACUGACACCUUUUGUAUUUAUUUUAAUGAUAAAAAUCUCUUCUUAUUGAAUUUAGGAUAGAGUCAAAAGUUAGGAAUAUGCAAAAGUGUACAGAUUCCUUUAGUUUCACUCAUAUUGUAUUUAUGUAGUAAAUUCAUUAAACAUUAAAGUCUCAAUAUGCA